CCCGAGCCGCCCGGCCCGGCCAGCCUCGCCCCAUGGGGACCCCGUCCUGGGCCGCCGCGCUCCUGGCCUGUUUGGCUGUCGCGUCUGUGACCUCCGAGGGAGGUGUGCAGGCUCCCGAGAAGGCUCAGCUGGGGCCCUUUCCAGAUGGGAACCAGCCCUUCGAAGAAGUUGGCUAUGCGGCCCCGCCUGCCCCGCCCCUGACCCAGGCCUUCCCCAUGGAUCCCCCCGACGCCCCGCGGCUUGGCCCCGAGUUUGAGGCCCAGAGUGAAGUGCAGCCUCUCCUCCCUCACGACAUGCCCCUGCAAGAGACAGGGCCGGUCCCGCCCCGGCUGCCCCUGCAGAGGCCAGUGGACCCCCCUCAGCCCCCGAAGGUCAUCCCGCAGCACCAAGGGCUGCCCCCAGUCCAGGCCCCUCUCCGGCAGAAGGAGCUGGACCCGCCUUUCCCACAUCAGAAGGAGAUGACCUUACGGGACAAGCAGAGAGGUGAGUGGCCUCGCUGCCCCUUCUCACCCCCUCUCUCUGGCCCGCAGUGGGAGGACGCCCUGGACGGCUACUGUGACCGGGAGCAGGCUGUGAAGACCCACCACCACUCGUGCUGCCAGCACCCUCCUAGCCCUGCCCGUGAUGAGUGUUUUGCCCGCAGGGCACCCUACCCCAACUACGACCGGGACAUCUUGACCCUUGACCUCAGCCGCGUCACCCCCAACCUUAUGAACCACCUCUGUGGAAACCGGAGAGUUCUCAGCAAGCACAAGCAGAUCCCCGGGCUGAUCCACAACAUGACCGUCCGCUGCUGCGACCUGCCGCCGCCGGAGCAGGCCUGCUGUGCCGAGGACGAGAAAUCGGCCUUCAUCGACGAGCUGUGCGGCUCCUGGCGGAACUCCUGGCACGACAUGGCCUUCUGCUGUGACCUCAGUCCAGGGGACCAACAGACCAACUGCUUCAACACGCACUACCUGAGGAAUGUGGCCCUGGUGACUGGGGAGACCGGGCCCACCAAGGACCAGGGGGAGCAAGGCCCAACUCAGGGAACAAGUGUCAGCUCCACCCUAGAGCCCAAGAAAGAAUGAGUCAGCCCAGAGCCGUGGAGGAUCAGAUUGGGGGAGCCCCACCCCAGCUCGCCUCCCCGGAUACUCAGUAAACACCUCCUGGAUUUAGCGCCCUGGUUGCCUGUGACACCUCACACACGACACACCCUCUGCAGCCGCCUGGGCUCCCGGCGGCCGGCCGCUCUGCCCGCGGGCAGCGGCCCCUGCACUGGCCUGCUGGGCCUCACUAAACGGCUUGACUUCA